AUGUAUUUGCAGAGGGAAAGGAAUGCAGUGGGCAUUACUUGGCCAACAACAAACAUACCUUUUGAAAUCAGCCCAGAAGUAGAGAACCGAACAAGUGACAUCCUAACUGCCAUGGCGAUGUUGUCUGAACACACUUGUAUAACCUUCCACAAGAGAAAUGCUGAGCCAGACUAUGUGCUCUUCCAAACUGGCAACGGCUGUGCGUCGUACGUAGGCUUCAUUGGUGGCAGGCAGGGUUUGUUUGUGGCACCCAAUUGCUCUUCGGGUAACAUUGCCCAUGAGCUUCUUCACACCAUUGGCUUCCAACACGAGCACACCAGGUCAGACCGUGACCAGUACAUCAAGAUUGUUGAAAGUAACAUCAUGCCAGGAAUGGAGAAAAACUUCAACAAGCUUAAUGGUCAAACUUUUGGUAUUCCAUAUGACUACACUUCUAUCAUGCACUAUGGAAGUAAUUAUUUUUCGCAAAACGGGAAAGACACAAUCAUUCCGAAGCGUGACGAUGUACACGAGAUGGGACAGAGAGAAAAGCUGAUGAACUCGGACAUUGAGAGGGUUCGAUUUCUGUAUGGAUGUGAUUCCCUGAAAUAAAACGACACUGCGAACAGAUGACUGUGCUGCUUCCUCAGUUCAUCCUCGCAACACUAAGACUCCACCAUCAGAGGGUGCAGCAGCAUCAACAUGAAG